CGCAGCUAUUUAAGCCGUUUCCCUCCAGGGGAGCACAAGAGGGGAGAGCAUGGAGCAGGGCCUCGCCCUCCUGCUGGCCCUCUCCCUGGGGCUCCUCCAGCCGGGGCAUGGUCAGCCCCUGCACGUGGAGCCCCCGGAGCCCGAGGUGGCCAUGGCCGUGGGCGCGUCGCUGCAGUUCACCUGCAGCCUGGCCUGUGCGGGCGGGGCGGCCAGAGUGCGGUGGCGGGGCCUGGACAUCGGCCUGGGCGCGGUGCUGUCGGAGGCGGGCAGCAGCGUGCUCUCCGUGCACAACGCCUCGCUGUCGGCAACCGGCACGCGCGUGUGCGAGGGCUCUUGCGGGGACCGUCGCUUCCAGCGCACAGUGAAACUCCUGGUGUACGCCUUCCCGGACCAGCUGGCUGUAUCCCCAGCGACUCUGGUGCCUGGAAGGAACCAGGAGGUGGCCUGCACUGCCCACAGCGUCUCCCCAACUGACACACUGUCCUUCUCCCUGCUCCUGGGAAACAGAGAGUUGGAGGGUGUCCAGGCCCUAGGUAGAGAGGAGAAGGAGGAGGACCUCCAGGAGACAGAGGACCUGCUGUUCCGGGUGACACAGCGCUGGCUGCUGCCCCCCCUGGGGACUCCUGCCCCACCCACCCUCCACUGCCAGGCCACCAUGCGGCUCCCUGGCUUGGAGCUGAGCCACCGCCGGGCCCUUCCAGUCUUGCACAGCCAGACCUCGUUGGAGCGCCCAGACCCAACCUCAUCAGAGCCCCCCACCACCACCUCCCCACAGGCCACCCCCCAGCAGGGCUCCACCGGCACCCCCAGGACUGACAGCUCCACUAGGACUUGCCGCCCAGAGAUCCACUGGUCUCUGGAGCCUGCACUGGAUGGAGAGGUCAGCUGGGAGCUGCUGUGUGAGGCGGCCUGUGGCCCUGGCAUGACCGUGCACUGGACCCUGGCUCCUGGGGGCCUGGCAGCCUACAAGAGGAGGGAAGCAGGGGCUCAGGCAUGGCUGAGCCUGCCUCCAGACGGCUCCAGAACCGAGGGCUUCUUCCAGUGUCGCCUGGACCCGGGCGGCCAAGUGGUCAGCCUCUAUGUGCCCAUCCAGAAGGUGAUCCCAAAAACCUGUGAGUUCUGAUGCCUGGGAAGGAGCCGGGAGGGGCAGAGUCUCUGGAUCAAAACUUUAGGUGAGAAACUGCAGGGUCAGGCUCUGUCCAGGGGCUUCCCCUGGCUGCAGCUUCUAGGCUGAGGCCAGGGGUGGCCACUGUGCUCCAGGCCUGGGUCCCACCCCCCGGGGGGGGGGAUCAAAAAGCAAAAACGAGUGUGAUGAGUAGAUUUCCAGGGGCCCAAGAUGUUCCAAACCUCAUCAUCUCGAUGCAUAAACAUGAGAGUCUGAAUCUAAUAUUUGACGCACGUUCUUUAGCUGUGGUUGGACACAGACCUUGAUUCCUUGGUUUCUGUGCGGUGCCCAGGGUGGAACCCAGGGCCUCACACGUGCUGGGCGGGCGCCCUGCCGUGAGCCACCCCCCAGCCCCGGCUUUUCUUUCUAACGCUCUGCAUUUCCACACUGCAUGUCCCGAGGCAGGGUACGGGUCAGCGCGCCGGCCAGCCGCACGGCACGUGCAGAGGCGCUCACCAGCCGGCCGCUGGGAAC